GGAAGGUCCUAGUGUGGUGCUGGGUCCUUGCUCUUACUUGCACUUAUCUGUUUAAUCCCACUUAGAGGCAGGGCAGCGGACUGGGCUGAGAUGGCUGACACAGUCCGCUGCCGGCUGCUUCUGCACUUGGAGCACCUGACUUCGGGGGAGCUGAAGAAAUUCAAGCUGUAUCUGGUGAACUGCCUCCCCCGGGGCUGCCUGGAGGAGGCCGAUCGCCCCAAACUGGCAGAUCUCCUGGUCAGUUCUCUUGGGCAGCAAGAGGCCUGGGAGCAGGCUCUGCGCAUCUGGCAGAAUAUGGGCCUGAGGGAGCUGUGCGAGCGAGCCAAGAAGGAGGAUCUCGGAUUCAUUCCUGCUCCAGUUCUUACAGCCUCCUCAGGAUCCCAGACAGGACAACUACUAGCUGUAUCUAAAGUUGAAGUGUUUCAGAAAAAUUCUCCUUCCUCACCAGCUCCUCAGGCAAUCCAGGCCAGUGCCACAGAUACACUCAAGCUUUGCUCCCCUGAAGACUUCCUAAUGCUAAGGAAGAAGAUGGCAGGACAGAUAUACCCAGUGAUGGAGAAAGAAGCCCGCACACGUCGGGCUCUCAUAAUCUGUAACACGAAGUUUAACUGGCUCCCUCCGCGGAAUGGGGCUGAAUAUGACAUCAGAGGCAUGAGUGACCUUCUUGAGGGUCUGGGUUACAGGGUAGAUGUUGAAGAGAAUCUCACAGCUUUGGAAAUGGAGUCAGUGCUGCAGCGAUUUGCCUCCUGUCCAGACCACCAGACUUCUGAUAGUACUUUUCUGGUACUUAUGUCUCAUGGUAUGCCAAGUGGCAUCUGUGGGAAAGAUUACAGAAAGGAAGACUCCCAGAUUCUACCUGUUGCCAGGAUCUUCCAAAUUUUCAACACUUCCAACUGUCCCAGUUUGAAGGACAAGCCCAAGGUCAUCAUCAUUCAGGCUUGCCGAGGGGAGAAUUCGGGGGUUGUUUGGGUCAAUGAUUCAGCAGUACCCUCUGCAGAGAGUUGUACCGAGGACCUAUGCAUCUUUGAAAGUGAUGCUCUCUGUAGGGCCCAUGUGGAAAAGGACUUCAUUGCUUUCUGCUCAUCAACUCCGGAUAAUGUGUCUUGGAGAAACGUCCACAAGGGCUCUCUUUUCAUCAUCCAAUUAAUUCAUUACUUCAGAGAGUAUGCUUGUUGCGACCACUUGUAUGAUAUUUUCCACAAGGUCCAGAAUUCAUUUGAGACCCCAAAGUUGAGUGUGCAAAUGCCAACCAUUGAAAGAACAACAUUAACGAAGUAUUUCUAUCUUUUCCCUGGCAAUUAAAACUAGUAGGCAUCAGCAACAGUGGCUGUUGCAGCUCAGGAAGUUAAGGGUGAUGGAAUAUUUAUAUACCUUCGUCCUCUGGAAGGAUGUUUUUAUCAUGGGGAUUGUUGAUGUUAUUAUUGUCUGAUUUUUCUUUAAAUAGUACAAUAAAUACAAAAUCAAAUAA